AUGGCGUGGACAUACCCAGCGCGAAGAAAUAUAAUCAUCGCCUUGCUGUUGCAGCGCUUGCGCCGCAAGAGGAGGCGGUCACUGUACAUAAGAGAAAUAUUUGACAAACGUCCGUGGUACGGCGAGUACCAUCACCUCGUCCAGGAGCUUCGACACAAUGAUCCGGAAUACCAUUUCAAGUAUUUCAGGAUGACGAAGGCUUCAUUCGAUAAGCUAUUGGGCCUCGUCUACGAGAGAAUCCUGCAUCCACCAACGCAUAGGAGGCCCAUCUCUCCAGCAGAAAGACUUGCAGUCACACUGAGAUUCCUGGCUACUGGAGGAUCGAUGCAAGACAUCGCAAUCAGCUAUAGAAUUCAUGCUUCCACCGUGGCAGGGAUCCUAAAGGAGACUCUUCCAGCAAUCUGGGAUUGCCUGAAGCCUGUUGUGCUGGGGUGCCCAAGUGAGAGAGAGUGGGAAAAAAUAAGAGAAGAUUAUGAAGACAAGUGGAAUUUCCCAAAUACGAUAGGAAGUAUUGACGGCAAACACUUCGUUAUCAAAUGCCCAGACAACAGUGGGUCAGACUGUUUCAAUUAUAAGGGGUACCACUCAUUACUAAUGCUUGCUGUUGUAGAUGCGAAUUAUCGCUUUAUUAUGGUCGACAUAGGAGCCCAAGGUCGGCUUUCAGACGGCUCGUUCUUCGGAAAGAGCGACCUCAAGAGAGCCAUAGAAGAGAGAACCCUGGGACUCCCUUCAGGAGUUUCUAGGUGGCCGUGCACCACCAUCAAACCAGCGGCCUACCUCAGCUGCCAUGGCGAUGAGGGAUGA